UGCUCCUCUGUGCUGGCCCCUCGGCGAGGAGGAGCCACCAGGCGACAUGGCCUUCAACCUGGAGGAGUAUUUGCGCACAGCUUUCCGCGACAAGCUGCGGCUGCACGGGACGGUGCCGACGUGUGACGCUGCCGCGCUGCUGCCUUCCACACGCCUGCUGCAGAAGAGGCGGGAGAUGGCGGAGGUGGAGCGGGCACUGCAGAGCCAGCGGCAGGAGUUUCGGCAGAGGAUGGAGCGCCUGGCGCAGCGCCGGCAGCAGCUGGGCCAGCGGGAAGAGGAGCUCCGGCAUGUCGUCCUCAAAUUCGAUGCCUUCCUCAAGGCUUCGGCAGCGAGGCAGGAGCGGGCGCUGCGGCGGGCAGGCGAGGCGCGGGCAGCAGGGCAGGGUGCCGAGACCACCCGCCUGCGGCGGGAGCUGGAGGGGCUGCUACAGCUCAGGGAGCGCCUGGCCCGGCACCUGCGGAGCCUCCGUGGCUUUGAGGACUACCUGCAGGGCGUGCUGGCCAGGAUGGGGCAGUUCCAGGACGUCCCAGCCAUGCUGGCCCAUUUUGGGGCGCUGGUGGAGACGCGGGCAACCCUGGCGCAGCAGGCAGAAGCCGGGCAGGAGCGGCUGGCCCACAGCCGGGCACUGCUCCAGCGGUACCAGGCGGAGGCCGGCAGCCAGCUCCUGCGCACCGAGGACGAGCUGACCCGGCUCCGCGCACGCCUGGAGGCUGCCCACCAUGACGUGCUGCAGGAGUAGUCCUGCUGGGCCCACAUCCAGAGCACGGUCACCCAGAAGACCCUGCUGCUGGGGCAGAUCAAGCUGGCCGUGCUCAACCUCUUCCAGCUUGCCACCGCCCGGCUCAAUGUCCCCACAGAUGUGGCCCUGGAGGACACUGAGGCCCAGCUGGACACGGUGCUGCUCUGCAUGCGGGACCUGGCUGCCAUCUGUGCCGAGCUGCGCCCCAGGGAGCCGGGGCUGUGUCCCCAGGGCUUGCCUGCAGCCCCCAGCACCCGCCCACUGCACCAGGGGGGCGCCAGGGUGCCCCUGGGCCAGGAAUAGCCCCCGGGCACCCCAGAGAGCAAGGCCGUGGGGGAAGGCGGAGCUGCCGCUCGCCUUCAGGCUGUUGGUAUCUCAAAGUUGC